UAAAAGUAGACAGAAAUUUAUUCCAAAUUAAUUUAUGAUUGAUAAGUAAGAGAUAUAUAAAUAUUAUAAAUGGAUUACAUGCCUCUAAUGGAAUAAAUAUUAACUUUGACGUGAUUGAUAGUUAAUUUGGAUUACACCUGGUCGAUGGAUACUUUUUAGAAUUGUACGUUGAGUGACAUUUGUGACAAGUUUCAUUAUAAUUAGCAUGUCUGUUAAUUUGUUUAAUACAUGUUAAAAUGUUCAUCAACGAACAGCAAAGGGCAAUGUGACCUAACGAGACAAUACAUGUAUUUUAAAAUGGAUAAUGAUAGUGGAAGAAACCUGAAGCUGAGAUGCAGUCAUUCAGCAAGUAAUAUUCAGUCUGUGGCCUCCACCAACAUGGAUGACAGUUCAUGUGAAUCUACAGAGAUUGUUCCUAAUGUAGAGGUCACACAACAUCUUCAAAGCAUCAUGCCAUCAGAGGGCACUACAGGAACACAAGAACCGAAACGCACUUUGACUUUAAUGCAGAUGAUUCUGUUGAAUGCCAUUGUUUGUGGAGUGGAAGUUUGUGCGUGUGCAGGUUUUACCUAUAUUCCACCAAUGUUAUUAAAAGCUGGAUACACUGAAGAAAACAUGAGUAUAAUACUUGGCAUGGGACCAUUCUUAGGACUCAUCGUUGUGCCUAUUAUUGGUAAAGAAAGUGAUCGUUGUACAAGUCGUUUUGGUCGCAGGCGACCGUUUAUAGCUGGGCUAUCACUUAUUUUAUUAUUUUCCUUGUUGUUUAUUCCAUAUGGAGAUGUAAUAUUUAUAAAGUUGUUAGGAGAAACAUCAUUUAGUAAAACAAUGUGUCUUGUAGGAUUAACUGUUGGUGUGAUACUUUUAGAUUUUACUAGUCAGGCAUGUUUGACUCCAUGUGAAGCUCUUCUAUCUGAUGCAUCAAAAGAUACUCAUCAACACGAACAAAUAUUUACUAUAUACUCACAAAUGGUCAGCUGUGGUGGUUUCCUAGGUUACCUAGUUACAGCAAUAGACUGGAAUUCUAUGAGUAUAGGUCACUUUUUCGGCAGCCAAGAAAAAACUGUGUUUUCAGUAUUAACUGUUUUAUUUUUACUUUUGUUCACAGCCACUAUAAUUGUUGCAAAAGAAGAGCCUCUAAGUGAAAGAGUAUCAAGUCAGCUUGAUUUACAACAACUUGAAACAGAAAUCCCAGAACUCAAAGUGCCAGGAAGUACAUUGGAAUCUGGGUAUGAAUCUAGCAUAAAUUCUGAUGAAGAAAAUUAUUACCCAGGACAACUAGUUAGAAGACAAAAACGUCAUAAAAGUUUCUCAAAAUCAAGCAAAAAAACAAGAAAUUAUUUCACAUUACUUUUAAAUAUUUGUUUAUAUCCAUUGAUAUUUGUACUUAAACGUAUCAAAGUUUUAACAGUGUUGCAAAACAUUUGUAAAGCAGUUGGUAGAGUUAUAUAUGAAAAACUUCCAGAAACUGUGAAAAAUUUAAUAAAUAUCCCAUAUGUCUUAAAAGUUUUAGCAUUAGCCAACUUUUGCAGUUGGACAGCCCUAAUGGGAUUUAAUUUAUUUUUUACUGAUUUUGUUGGACAAGCCAUAUAUGGUGGCAACCCCAAUGCUCCUGAAAACUCAAUUCUACGUAAUCAUUAUGAUGAAGGAGUCCGAAUGGCAAGUUGGGGAUUACUAUUUCAUUGUAUAACAUCAGCUGUAUAUGCGUUCCUAGUGGAGAGGCUUGUGAAUAAGUUUGGAACAAGGUGGACAUACUUCUUUGGAAUGUUUUCAUUUACAAUAGCCAUGUUUUGUAUGGUGACUUGGAGAAAUAUUUACAUAGUGAAUUUAAUGGCAGCAUUUACAGGAUUUGCCUAUGCAACAUUGACAACCAUUCCAUUUAUACUAGUUACAACCUAUCAUACAGACAAACAGGUUUUCUUCUAUGAUGUCAACAGUAAUGGACCUAGUCGUGGAGUAGGUGGUGAUAUGGGUACAUUAGAUACUGCCUACUUUCUGUCACAAGUUGUUUUGUCAGGGCUGAUGGGAUAUAUUGUCCACAUGACUGGAACAGUUUUGUCAUACAUGGUCACUGCUGGUGCCAUGGGUAUUCUGAGUUGUAUUUGUGUACAAAGAAUUAUAUCUAGCAAACAUGAUCUACACCAUGUUCUACCAAAGCCAAGGGAGAAAAUGAGAAUAUUGAACAUCUUAUGUGUUAUUGUUAUAUUUAUUUAUUGUUAUUUUAUAGGGUUAUUUUGUUGAACAGUUAUAUAUUUAAAAUGAAACUAGUCUUAUCUAAACUUUGUAGUGACCAAAAAUAUUUGUAAAAUAAUUGUAAAUAUUUACAAAGCUUUGUCUCAAAUAUGUAUGAUUGAACACUUGUCCUAAAUAAUAAUUUAUGAGACACGCAUUCUGUCAUAUUUAUUCUAUUAACUAAAAAACUGCCAAAAUUUCUUAGUUUGUAACAUUUUUGUCUUGACCAAAGUUACAAAAUGCAGACAUGGGAUACAAAUCUAAUGGCAACAAUAUAAAUUAUUUAUGUGAAGCUUUAUUCUGAUGCAAUUUUUUUGAGUUUGUCCAGGGGUUUAUUUAGAUAGGUUUUUAUGAACCAGUAUGUUGAUCUUAUUUAAUAUGUCUUCCUAUCUGAAUCACUAUAUUAUAUCCAAUCAAAUAUAAUCAUACACAUGUAUUUUAUUUUAUGUUUUUAAGUUAGUUACACUUUUAAAGGUAGUCAGAUUUAGAUUGGAAAAAACUCAAUCAUGACACUAUCAUGACUUUGUUUAUCUGCAUUUUAAUGUGCUAAAGAAUGAUGAAAGUUGUGCCAAAUUUUGUCUUCCUGGAAUGUCAUGUCAUUCUUGUUUUUAAGAUAUUGUUGUAUUGUUAUUGAUAUUUUGUGGAAUUUUUAAAUAUGUAUACUUGUUCUAAACUUAUAUGAUUACUAAGAAUACAAAAUUUUAAAUAAUCAAAAAUUUACUGAUAAUACAUUGAACAGAAGCUUAGCACCAACCAUUUUUUCUUCAAUGCAUGAAAAAGAAUACAAAAUUUUAAAUAAUCAAAAAUUUUCUGAUAAUACUUUGAACAGAAGCUUAGCACCAAUUAUGAGAAGGUUAGAAUAUUUUUUUAUGAUGCGUUAUAAUGCUGUUUUUUUUUAGCCUUAUGUCAUCAUUUUGUGCUAAAGUUGUAUAAAGAUCAUAAGAGUUAUAUUUAUUCAAGUAAUUCAUGGCUGUUGUUAGUGAUAUCUGACUAGAUUUCUCUGAAUUACUCAAGGAAGUAGAGGAUCCAAACCAAUUUUUCGUUUCUUCAGCUCUCUCCGCUUUGUUCUGACCAAAAGGAAGCCAUCAACAUUGUUAGUCUCAUUUAUAUUUUCACCUCAUUGACCAUAUAGUAGCCAAAUGUUCUAGGUGACAAACAGUAGUUUCUUACUUGUGUAAAUAUUUGUGGGUUUAAAUUUUAAAUUUUGAUUAGUUUAGCAAAAACUAAUUUUGUAGGGAGAAAUAUGUUCUGAUUAUUGUCACAUAAAUCUAAGUUCAUCUCAUUUAAUUAAACCUGACCCGUAAAUAGUCUUACUACAGAGAAUACUCUUUUCACAAUGAAUGUACAGUGAAAUAGUGAGAUUUAAUACUUGUACCAUAAUUUAUCCUGAUAAUUUUUAAAGUGUAGUUCCUGUGCCCCCUCUUUGCUGACUAGGAUCUGACAACACUCCAGUUUUAUUCUGUUCUGGUAAUUAUUGCAUCAGUCAAAGAAAUCAGCCUUCAAAUUUUUUGGAAGGUGUGUAUCAUUAUGACAAAACCAGAGAAUCCUGAAAGGUCUUUAAAACAGAAAGUAGAACAGAGUGUUGUCAGAUCCUUGUAAGCGAAGUGUUGUCAGAUCCAUGUAAGCAAGACAUGGUCAGAUCCUUGUAAGCGAAGAGUGGUCAGAUCAUUGUAAGCAAAGUGUGGUCAGAUCCUUGUAAACCAAGCUUGGUCAGAUCCUUGUAAGAGAAGCGUUGAUACAGGAUCUGUAUUUUAAUAAGAUUGUAUGUAAGCAUUACUUUAUUUACUUUAUUGAUUUCAAUUGUACUUAUAGUUAUUUUGUGUAUGAUUUAUUGAGGGAUAUAUUCUACUUAGCACUAUUUGUUUCAUGAUCAAAUUAAUUCAGGUAGCUUGUAUACUUUUCUGUCAUUUCAAAUGAUUUUAAAAGCCAAAGGAAAAACCAUUUAUUUUUAGUAUUUUAGUGGCUUUUAUGAUUACUUAAAGAGUACUUUCACUAUAUUGUCUUAUUUAUGAAUUGGUAAUAAUGUUUAAAUAUUACUUUUGUUUAUAUAUAUUUACUUUAGAUAUUAUUGUUAAGUUGUUCUAUUUUAGAUAGUGGUUACCUGUUGGUGCCAGUGUGAGCUAUUGCCAACACUAUCAGUCUGGGUUCAUCAUCCCUCUUUAGAAUUGAGUCAUUUAUUUUCUACUUUUUCUUCGUCUCCUAUGAAACUACUGGGUUUAUUAUACCCUCUGCAGACAAAGUGGUAUAGGUAUAUAGGAAUCUGUCUGUCUAUCUGUCUGGACCAACUUUUUUAUCCUUUGUUCGAUUCACUUCAAACUGUAUAGAAUAAAUGAUCAAUAUAUGCAAACAUUACCAAGUGAAAGAAUUUUAUUCUAUUUAGUUUAUCCAGAAUUAUGCCCCUUUCACCUAAGAAAUUCUGACUCUCUUCAGAAACCAACCUUGUCAUUGCAAGUCUUCCUGCAUCAUGUACAUGUUUUUAAUCAUAUCUACAGAAAACUAGGUUGUUAAAAUGUGCAAGUGGGUAGAAUGCUCCAUUCCACUGAAAUUUCCCAUAGUGAUGCCUCUUUAAUCUUAGAAAAUUUGGGCUAUGUCCAAAUCCUACCUUGUCAUUGCCACUUCUCAAAGAUAGCCCAUUAUGUCUAUAUGAAACCUUGUAUACUUGUAUUGUAAGAUCCUGAUAUGCCAAUAUACAUGGAUGUACAUGCAUCUGAGACAAAAUCAUAUAAAACACAAGAAAAAUGUUGAAAUUUAUAUUUAAUCAACUUCUAUGAUUCCCUGUAUGUCAGUCACUAGCUUACUCAGUCAAUCUAGGAUGCAGGGGAUCGCCAGGGGUAUAAGUCCAGCUAAGUUGACAUUUAUAAACUGAUCAUUUAAAUGUCAAAUAAGGCAGGAAAAGUUAAUUGAAAGUAAUUUUUACAAAACCCUUGAUUCAUUCUGGUUGGAUGAAGAACAUAGAACAAGAGUAGACAUUUUUUGGUAGAACUGUUAAAUGUUAUUUUUAAUUUUUAGAAGUUUGAAAUGUUGUUCUUAUUGCUCAGAUUUUAUUUAGCAUGCUAUAUCAAAACCAAAUUAAAACGUUAUUUGUUUUAUUAUCAUUAAAAAAUGUCAAACAUUGAAUUAUAGUGCAUUCUUAAAUAAGGGUCUAAGAAUAGAGACUUGAGGGAACUCUAUUAUAUGAGGUAGUGGUAAUCAUUUAUACAUUGGUAUUAUUAUUGUUUGUUUUGGAAGGUGAAAGUAUUAUGGUAUAUCUCUGUCCAUGUAUCAAAGCACUCUCAUCUAUCUGAAGUAUGCACCAAGUAAUCCUUUUCAAAUUUUAUUACAAUAUUAUACUUAAACAAAUCAUCACCAAAUCAAUCUUAUGAAUAAACAAAUCAUCACCAAAUCAAACUUAUGAAUGAACUAAUCAAUUUAUUUUCACAAUCUUAUGGUUAAAGGAAUCCUUAUCAAACUUUUACACAAACUUGUGCUUAGAUGAAUCCUUACCAAUUGUUUAAGACAAUGUUAGGUCAAUGAUGACUUGGGAAUUUUCAAUUGAUGUUCAUUUACUUAAAUCAUCAAUAAAUAAGUAGUUUCCAUAAAUCCCAGAAUAACUCAAGUAUGUUUUCAAAAGCUAAGAAAUUUGUACACACUAUUUGUUUAAUAUGGACGAGCUAUGUUUCAAUUUUAAUGAUUUUCAAAUGAGUCAUUCCAGAGUUGAGUGACUGUAAUAAUCAACUACUAGGCAAUGUUGUAUAUGACUUUUAUAACUUAAGUCUGCCUUUAUCCAAUCACAGGAAAUUUUAUCAAAAUGUCACAACUGAUAAAAGUAAGCUUUAUUUUGACGAUAUUCUGAUAAAAGAUAAAACUUACUUUUAAGUCAUUUUAUUUAUAAGUGAAGAGACUUAAUUAUAAAUUGUCAUAAACUACAUGUUUGUCUCAUGAUGACUCAAGUAUGCUUUUACAAAAAGUUAUAUUUUUUUUAACAACUGUUUAUUUUAUUCAAUCACAUGUACUUAAUCUACAAACAAUGUCCACUCUUACUGAUUUGUGGAUGAGCGUAUAAAAUGCUCUAGACAUAUUUAUUUGUGAACAAAAUGUCCCUAAUACUGCCAUUGAACACAGUAAUGCAUUUCCUUAUAGGAUUAUUUUUUAAAUUGAUUAUAUAUGAAUUUUUCUACAGAAUAAUAUAAGCAGGUGAGCUAUAUAUAUAUAUAUAGGGAGGCGCCUUGCUUCAUUGAGACUGUAGUUUUCUGUUGCUAUGCAUAUGAAAAAUGUUCCCAUUAAAAUUUAUCAUCUAAUGUUGGUUCUGAAAUUUUUGCUUGCAUAUAUCAUUGGAAAUGUGAGGUUAGUUAUUGCAAUUUUAGAAAUUGUUGCAUAUAAAUAAUGCUUUCAAAAUUGAAAAUGUUUUUAUUUUGCGAAACCUGUUCCUUUGCAAUAAUAAAAACAUUGCAAAAAUUUCUGAAUUUACAUAAUGUAAUUUAACAUUGAAAUACUGAAUUUUUAAUAUUAUAAUUUGUUUUUGUUUACCUUUUUUAUUUCUAUUACCAUACUAUUAAAUUUUUGAGGAUA